GUUCUAUGCCAUAAUUGGUUGAAUUCUCUGACGCGGAAGGUUGUGCAUAUUUGGCGCUCUUCGUUCUCGGGCGCGUUUUUGAAAGCGCAAACAUACACUAACCAGUAUGUAAUUUGGUAUUUGUACUCGGAGCCGUUCUAUGGGUGGCCAAAUAAACAAUUUUAAGUCACGGGAGCGCGUAUCUGGCUGUCAUGUGCGGAGUGUUCGGACUUAGUUUGGUGAACACGAGAGGCUGUGCAACAUCGGAGUAGCUCCCGGCAGAUUGUGUUAGCUGGGUUCAUAGUAUCUCAGGACAACAAGACGCUGUCCACUUCUGUUUUCACCAUGAACCGUUCUUUUUAAACCCACAAAACCAUUUGGAACUGACGCGAAAUACCGUCUUGUCUUGUCCCAAUAAACUAUGGCAAGUGUUGUGGCUAUGGCAUCUCUCAUUGAGGAUUUUGACACCCAGCCCUGUAAGAAAACCCGUAAAGAUGGUGGCACUCCAGUUGUUAAGACAAUCACAAAUUAUUUCUCUCCUGUGGCCAAGCCAGCAGAAAAACCCUUUUCUCCUCCUCGGUCCAACAACAUCAUGGACUACUUUACCCGUAAGCACUCGUCUUCAAAUGAAAAGUCCAGCCCAUCAGAACAGUCUAAAGAAAACUGCCUGACUACCACAUCUGCAGAGAAACUCAGCAGCACAGAGGCAGCAGGGAGACCAAAACGGAGCAGAAAGACCAUCAAAGCUGCGAGGAAACUUGUAGAGCCUGAAGCUGCUGCCUCCCAAACAGAAGAAGAGAGCUUUCUGAUUCUGGAUGGACCUCACCGAGACUCUGUGACAGAGGUGACCGACAGCUGUGGAGGUCAGGGUCGUGAAACGGCAGCUGUCUUUCCCCAACUCUGUGGAGAGGAAUCCAAAACUGUGACAGUCAUUGAUCAACUAGAAAACAAUAAGCAGGACAAUGUUUCAAAAUCCAGUCACAGUGAAAAACCCAGAGAAGAGGUGAAGAGCGUUAAGUCAUCUUCAGAGGUAGUUGUCAGAGAUAAAACCAAACGAGUCAAAACUGCUUCACGGAAUUUAAAGAAAAGGCACCAAGUGGAGGUUAAACCACCUGAACCUGAGAUGAAGGGGGCAGAAUCACCCGGGUGUGAUGAUAACACGGAGGGUGAAAUGGACCAGACUUCAGAAUUGAAUAAAAGCACAGUCACAAUUUCCUUUGAAGAUUUCUUGCAAAGCCAGAGUCUGGAUCAGCAUGAAGAGCAAAGGAAAGAUCAAGAGCAAACGACAGCAGAUGCAGCGUCACAGGUCGGUGACCAGUUGAAAAAUGUGGAUUCUGGAGAGCCAGUUUUCCAAGUGUCACCUCGAACGCUCACCAUCCAGGCUGAGGUUCAUACAGUCUCACCAAAACAGGAAGCAAACAGGACUGUGGGAAGGAUGGCCUCUAUCUUCAGCAAUAGAAAGAAAGCAGCAGGUCAUACAGAAGAGGUAUCUUCAACUCAGAUGGAGCCUAGACACCAAUCACCACCCAACAAUGUAACUGUAAAAAGGAAAUCCAAUGUUGUUCUUCAGGAGGAGGAUCUAGAACUUGCUGUUUUGGAGAGUGAAAACACUCCGAAGAGUAGCGAGGCGGACAGGAAGCAGUUCAUGGCUGCAUUCAAGCGGUCCAGCAUUGAGGGCUCCAAAACCAAAUCUGGGAAGAAUCAAUCCAAGCAAAAACUACCCAGAGAGAAUAACCAUGUGGACCAAGCAGAAAGUGCUGCGGAAAAGAGCGCACAACCCCCUACAAACGAGACAGGUCCUGCUGAGCCUCAGGAAAACAAACAACAAGUAGAUAGAAAGAAACUAUCAACAAAAGGCCGAAGAAAAGCUAAAAACGAGGUCCAGACCGCCACCACCGUCUCAGGUCCUGGUCCUGCUGCAGAAGCUCCUCCGUCUGCAGAAGACACUGCGGCCACUAAUAUUGACAGUGAUGUCAAAAAAGAGGAGCCCACUACGCCAUCUCUGAGGAGGUCUAAAAGAGAGGCUCACGUCAGGCAAGCUCCUGAUGUGACAGCAGUGGGUGCUGUCAGGAAAAACAGAGCACAGAGGGAAUCGAAGGAUGAGCAAAAAACCCCUAAAAAAAGGUCCACACCAAAAAAGCCAAGGCGCAAACAUGGAGUCUUUGUUGCAGAGAUCGUCGGCCCACCUGAUGCAAAGGAAAGUCCCAUCAGGAUGAAAUUUAUUAGAGUCCAAAGAAAUGUUUCUAAGGCGGAUGCCGACAGAGGAAGAGGCGGUCAGUCAUCGACGGCACCAGACAAGGAGAAUAAAAAAAUAAAGAAGGCAAAACAGCUAGUGGAAAAAGCCAAAGUGAUGCAGCAGAGUAAGAGAGCUGCCACUGCUGAGGAAAAGAGCGCCCCCAGGCGUUCAUCAAGACGUGAAGCCACCAGCAGGAAGAGCUACUGUGAGAAUGAGGAUUCCGUCAUCUGCCUGGAGGACAGCCCUCCAGCAUCGUCUCCUUCAGCAGCACCAGAAAAGAGCAAAACCCAAAAAUCUUUGAGGAGUUUGAAUGAUGUUCUGGGUAAAACCACAUCAGCUCUCAAGUCUGACCCAGGGUCUAAAGAAAAAACAGCUCGAAAAAUGUCUGCGGUGAUCUCCAUCUUUGACGACAGCAGCCGUGAGGGUUCCGAAAACUCCCAAGAUGAUGAACAGUUCAGGGCCCGCAGAGAGUUCCUCAAGAGUGGUCUCCCAGAAUCCUUCAGGAAACAGAUAGCCAAGGCUGCUGCCACUAAAGAGUCUUACUCUCUGUCCUGCUCCUCCUUCACACCAGUUACACACAUAAGGCAACAACCAAAUGAUUGCCCGCUUUCGACCUUACCUUGGCCCAGUUCCUUAUUAUUGAGUCCACUGAAAGAGGUGUGGGGCCAGUCAUGCGUUUCCCAUACACAUGUUGGUGGCACUCUGUGUAUGAAGACUGAACCAGCCCAAAGAACUGUUUGUAAAAAGCUGUCAGGCUGGAGACCGCAGAUUUCUGAGAGCAUUCGCCAGCUGCUCCUUGAAGAAAUCAGAGCCUCCAACCCCUCCUUCCCUACUCAGAUGUUCAUCAGUCGUUUCCUGAAGAGACGCGCUGACCAGCAGCAGCACUGCACUCCCUCAGGUCCGUCAGUAGAAACCACAUCACUACACACCAUAACUGGAAAGAGAAAAAGGAUGGACGAUGAAGAAGAGACCACAGUAAAGCUGCCUAAGAAGCAGAGGGGGAGCCGCUCAGGGGAGACGGUGUCCAAACCGGAGCCAGAGGGAACAAACAGAGGCCGCUUAAGACGAACGAAGAGUUCCAAACCAGAGGAGGAAAAGGACAAAAGUUUGACCAACUCUAGUAAAGACGACUGUGUCAUUGUGCUGGAUGACCUGCCGUCGGUACAGGACGCUGUGGAGAAAGAUGUGGUGAAAGAAGAUGUUUUGUGGACUGAGAAAUAUCAGCCGCAGCAUUCCAGUGACAUCACGGGCAACACCCCCUCAGUGAAGAGGCUGCACAGCUGGCUGAAAGAGUGGAAGCUGCGUGCAGACCGGGAAGAGAGAAAAAAACAGAAAGACACUAAACAAGAGGAAGAAAGCAAUGACUCUGACUGGGAGCUCGGGGAAGGCUCCAUGGAUGCAGAGGACAUGUUGUGUAAUACCAUGCUGAUCACAGGACCCACUGGAGUGGGGAAGACUGCUGCCGUUUAUGCCUGUGCGCAGGAGCUGGGCUUCAAGGUGUUUGAGGUCAAUGCCUCGUCUCAGCGGAGUGGCCGUCUGAUUCUGUCCCAGCUGAGGGAAGCCACUCAGUCACAUCAGGUGGACAGUCAGGGGGUCAACGCCCACAAACCCACCUACUUUAACAGCUAUGGUGCAAGCAGCAGCAGUAGCAUCAGGCUUGGCUCCUCCCCCAGAAAGGUCAACUCCCCUCGUAGGGUGGUCUCCUCACCCAGAAAACUUCCACAGUCUCCCAGGGGAGCUAAAAGGGGCUCCCUAGCUCCAACCUCAUUGGCCAGUUUCUUCAAAAUGGGUCGACCCACUAACAAGGAGCCACAAAAUGCCAAGAAGAAUGAACAAACGGCUGGUUCCAAGAAAACAAAAAAUGAUGUUGAAAGACUAAAGAGUCCCACGCAGAAACUGACUUUCAGCCCUAAAGAGAAGAGUGAAGAGCAGAGCAGGAAGACGGCCACGUCUCUCAUCCUGUUUGAGGAGGUGGACGUUAUUUUUGAAGAGGACUCAGGGUUUCUGGCUGCUAUCAAGACAUUCAUGACCACGACUAAAAGACCAGUCAUCCUCACGACCAGUGAUCCUGCCUUCGGCAGCAUGUUUGACGGCAACUUUGAAGAAAUCCACUUUAAAACACCAGUGCUGCCGAAUGUGAGCUCCUACCUGCAGCUGCUGUGUCUGGCUGAAGACGUGAGGACAGAUGUGUUCGACAUCAACUCUCUGCUCAGGCUCAACGGCUGUGACAUCAGGCAGAGUUUGCUGCAGUUGCAGUUCUAUACUCGCACUGCUGGGGGGCGCCAUGUUGCCAAGCCAUUCAACCAUCUCGAUAACAAUGUAAGAGCACAGCUUGAUGGAGAGGCAAAAGAAGACUGUGUGGUGGCUCCUCCUCCUCCCUGUGACACUGGCUGCACUGAGAGCAUGUUAGGCCUGAGGAACAUCCAACCUGGGGAGGACAUAUGGGAGCUGCUAAAGAGUCAGAGUCUGAAGGAAGAUGUUUGCUGGGAGCUGCUGGUGGACAGCAGGCGUCGAGGAGCCGACCUUCUCUACACCAACCUGGAGAGGCUUCUACCUUUACCACACACCACACUCACACACCGCACCUCCUCUUUACCCAAACCAGACCAGGCUGCUGAGUCGGGCGACUGCUCAGACAAUGGCAGUCCAGUUAAAAUCUCCCAGACGACAAAGAACAGCAAGAAAAAAAAGUGUUUGGACAGAAAUAGACUCAAUUUUGACUCUGAUUCAGAAGAUGAUUUUAUGACUUUACCUAAGCCACCGGUGACCCCUCAAGAUCAAGAGGUUGUCAACGAUGGGUUAAUCUCAGAAACGGUGAAAAGGAAAGUGCUGACUCCCGAGGAGCGGCUGAGAAGUCUCCCGGUGGGACAGUGUCUGGAUUCAAUCGCUGACUUUUUUGACAACAUGUCGUACCUGGACUCCUCUGUGCUGGCGUAUCCAGAUGGAGGCGCUGUUGACAGGAGAAUGGCAGCAGCAGGAGCUGUGUUGAAGGAUGGGAUGACAGAUGAGUGGAGGUUUGAGACUAAUGGGGAGAGCUGGACGAGGGGAGGGCAAGUCCUGGAGAUCCAGGCUGCAGUGGAGGCUCUGAGCUUUCGCAAGUGUCGUGAUUCCGUAGCUAAAGCCUGGGGCACGGUCCAAGAACUGGACGGAGAGGUGAGAAAAGAGGCCACAGAGGAAGUGACUCUCCCUGUUGCCUCUCAUCGCGAUGGUUACAGUUUCUCUCAGGACGGUCCCUGUCCACCACAGCUGGUGCAGAGGCGGAGAGAGAUGAUGGAGAGUCUGCUGCUCCGAGGAGUGGUUAGUCUGGGAAACAGAGCAGCAGCUGCCGUCGAGUAUCUGCCUGUUCUACGCGACAUCUGCAGAACGGAGCAACUGAAGGAGAAGGGCAAGAUCAAACGAAGAUUUCUGCACUAUCUGGAUGCUGUACACCUGGGUCUUACAAAAAACACACUGCAGCACCUCGCUGAAGACUUCCCCUGAACCUCAGAUGACCUCAGUUCUUUUGGCCAUAAAGAAACAGUUAUGGCUCACAGGAGUAAGCUUCACUCAGAACAGUGCCGUGGCGGCAGGAGCACAGGAAUGGACACAGUGCUGCCGUACGUCUGACGCCUCACAACCUGUGAAUAAAUUAAAGUUACAACAACACACUCUGUGGGAACAAUUCCACUUUUUCUCAUUGGAAUUAACUGAAUCCCUGAAGACGGGUGCUCAACUAACUUUCACAGAUGGCACACAUCUUUACUACAAUUGGUGUAAAAUAAAUGGUGCUGCAGCGGUGUUGUGUGCUAUUCUUGUUUUUGUACAGUAGUGUUUGAUAACUGCAUUUAUAAAUUUGUUUUGUAAAGUCUUUUUUUAAAAUCAAGUAGAAACAACUUUUCCGAAUCAAUCGCGAACCUCUCACUAUCUCUAUUUAAUCAAUUUAAGUUUUUUUUUUUUUAUGGUAUGAAUCUUUAUAGACAGUAUGAAUCCAUCGGACUAAUGCUGAUGCACUUAGGACGUUUAUUAUUAAGUUUGUAAAAAAAAA